AUGAACUCGAUUGUUUCGUUGGCCAGCGCAGCAUCUUCCGGUGUUAAGCCAUUUCAGGACAGCGAACAAAUUGAUACAGAUUCGACUACCAAAGAGUCUCAGCUUCCUAUGAAUUUGUCGUCGAGUCCAGAGAAUGUUUUUGAUCGACGAAGCGAUGCAAACAAUCAUCUGAAAUCGUUGAACGGAGCAUCAAGCGCUUACAGUAUUAGUAAACUUUUGGAAAAAAAAGUGCCAAGCAGCAGUCGAGCCAGUAGUUCGUCAGCAAGCGAAGAUGAUAAUGUAUUGGGUGACAGAUGUCAGUCUUCGGAUGACGAGCAAAGCAGAUCAGCCGAAAAUGGUGAUCGUGAUGCACCGAUGGUUUGGCCGCAUUUGUUUGCAGCUGGACCGUCUGCAUUUGCUGUACCGCAAAACUGUCAGCUUCCGGAUCCGACAACUUUUGCCACAGCAUUAGCCGCUGCAUCAAGUGGCAGCACAGACCUUUCACAAGCGCAACAUAUUCAAAAUGCAUAUUUAUCGUAUUUACUCAGUUCAUCGUUGUCGGCCCAAACAAACUCUCUACGUAUUUUGGGAUCUCAACAAGAAAAUGGUUAG